AGUUUUGUACGGUACUCCAACAAUGUACGUCGACUUGGUUUGUGUUUCCAAAGAACUCCUACAGGAAGGAUAUACCUUUACAACACCGGAAGUGGCAGUUUGCGCGGGAGCUAUGUGUUCUCCACAUUUGCUUAAACAAAUCAAAACCGUUCUAAAUGUCGGACGUUUACUGUGUCCUUUUGGAAUGACAGAAACCAGUCCUCUUGUUUUUCUUUCCAACCCUGACGAUCCCGAAGAGAAAACAUGUACAACCGUUGGCCAAGUCAUCGAUCAUUGCGAAGUGAAAGUCGUGGACAAAAACGGCGACGUGGUGCCUAUGGGUACUCCGGGAGAGGCUUGGUUUAAAGGGUACAACGUCAUGCCGGGUUACUGGAACGACGUGGAAAUGACAAGAAAGACCAUCGACGACGACGGAUGGCUUCGUUCGGGCGACUUAUUCGUAUUGAGCGAAGACGGGUACGGCGUGAUCACGGGCAGGAUAAAAGACAUUAUAAUUCGAGGCGGAGAAAACAUAGAACCGCAGACGAUCGAGUACUUCCUAGAAACUCAUCCAGAAAUCGUCCAGGCCCAGGUGUUCGGUAUACCGGACGAAAGGCUCGGCGAAGUGGUUUGCGCAGCUGUAAAUACCAUAAAGAAUUCCAAGCUCGACGAGGAAGGUGUAAAAAAUUUUUGCUCCGGCAACAUAGCCAGGUUCAAAGUCCCCAUUCACGUGAUGAUCGUAGACGACUUCCCAAAAACGGCUUCUGGCAAAAUUCAGAAAUUCAAACUCCGUGAAAUUAUGAUUGAUCAUUUGAAGGAAUAGUAGAUUUGUCCUUAAAACGACUACUGCCAUUAGUGUAUCGAAUACUUAGUUUAAUUUACACACAAUAGUAUCUUUGAUCUAUGAGUUUUUUUUAAAUGUUAUAAUUGUGUUAUGCAGAAGAAACUCGAGCAACU